CAUCAUCUUGACUUUAAAUAAUUCCUGAUCGAAAGCUUUGCGUAACGUCUGUAUUUCAGAUCAUUAAAUUGACCUUGAAUUAUUCCUCGUCCCGUAACUUAUAUGCAUAUAUAUAUAUAUAUAUAUGCCACUGCCGGAACCUGGUCAUCAAUAAUCCACUCCGAAAAUUAUUUUGAACACCCUUCAUCGAUCUAAAUGGGUUUGGCAGGAUUUCUCAGAAAACUCCAAGAUAUCUAUUCUAAACAUAAGCUCAUAUCCACUGUUUUCUUCUGUCUCUUGGUCUCACCUCCGUCCUUCUUCUAUACCUUCUAUGCCAUAAGUCAUUUAUCCAGUGUUUUUCUCACCAGUGAAGGUGCCGACAACUCUGUAGGCGCAACCUUUCACUAUAUCAUAGUUAUUGCACAAGUUGAAUGUUUUGCCGUUCUUGGCAUAUCCAUGUUUUCCUUGCUAAAGCCACUGCUCCAUAUCUUAGCCUCAGAGCAGAAGAUAGACCCAGAAGCGGAGUUGAGCAUCAAAAACCUCAUUUUAUCAUUGACCAAACCCGCGAGAAGCUUACUUUUUACCUGGUUCUUCGUAAGGCUAUUCAAAUUGGGUUAUAUAUUCUUAGGAAUAUUGUUCGUGUUCCAUCAGCGCGUGAUGUUUGUUGUUAAUUCAAGUUGUGGCCAGCAAGCUGAACAAAGUUCCUUAGCCAGCAGCAUCGACACGAUAAUAUUCGUUGCAGCAGGUGUCUUAGUCUUCGCGUAUUUGGCCACUUAUGGGAAUUUGGCAAUUGAGAUCUCGAUUCGUGAAGAGAUUAGUGGAACCGAGGCAUUGAAGAAGGCUUCAGAGCUUUUAGAGGGAAAGAGGAAGCUAGUUGCAGGAUUUGUGGUGAAUGUAGUGCUCGGGGUUAUAUCUGUAGGGUUGUUUGUGAGUUGCGUGUACUUGAACACAUGUUCCAAACUCUCGAUGGACUCUAAGAAAAGCAUCAUGAGCCAGAUAGGGAAUUUUGGUAUAUUUCAGGUUGAGUUUUACACAUGGGGAUGCUUCUCAAUCUUGUAUUCAAUAUGCAAGAAGUCUCGCGGUGAAACAACAACAUUUCAUUUCCAACCCUAUGGGAGCUUGCAACGCAUGCUGCAAAAGGAGGAGGAGCCCUUGCUUCCCUUAUAAAAUUAAGAGUAUCGAUUGUAAACUUUCAUUUAAUUUGUAAUUUAGGAAUAUAUAAGUGAAAGUAAGUAUUUCGUUUUUCACAAUACUGUAUGUUUUAUUUGUUUUACGUGGCUUAUAAUUAUUCAUAAACUGAAUCUCAAAUAUGAAUGAGCCUUGCUUAUA